CAGUGCCAUUCCUACCGUGCGGCCGUUUACGUCGUUAACUUCUUGCCGAGGAAAACCCCGGCCUGCCGACGUGCGCGACGUGCGGAUCACCGUCGAAGACGACGGCGAUGCGCGUCGGAUGCGGGUGCAUCAUCGUUGUAGCGAGGAACAGAUCGCGCGCAGAGCGUCGCGACGCAGCCUCUGGGGAUGAUUGCGAGGGCUGCCGGCAUUCCGGGAGUUUUCAUGGUGAAACUUCAAUGUUGACAAUACAGCGAUCGCAAGCUUAAUGAGUUGAUCACUUAUGGCAACAGAGUGUCAAAAAUGUGUCGAUACUAUCGAGGAACGAGGCAACGGCUGGAUCGCGAGUGAGAAAAAACUGCGUUCGUUGAGGAAGAAUGUGUAACGACGUUUUGUAAUUAACCGCGAUGAAUAACGACCCUGGCGAGAGAUUUCUCCUCAAAACGGAUGUCGGAUUGCUCUAAUUGAUGUAGGACGUAAGAGAAAGAUUUAAGUUGGUUGAACUGUAUCGGACUUUCCACAAAGAGAAAUAUAUUAGCGUCGUGUUCACAACUAGUCAACGACAUCAGAUAUGGAAUAAAAGACUGAUUAAUUACUGUCUAUAAUUUGUAAAAAAAUACAUCACAUCUACAUAUUGCGAGCUUCUUAACAUAUAAUUAUAUUACAUUGUGUACGGAGAUACAUAUAUUUGAUUCCGAAAAAACAAGACUUCCGAAUAGCAACCUCAUAAUAGAUCUUUCUAUUUUCAAUCAAGAUAGGAUCACGUAUAAAGAAAGUAUUUGGAGACUUAAUUUUUAUUAGUUAGUGCACUACCUCAGUAACGGCAAGUAUAUUUUAUUGCACUUGCCAGACCACAUCACAUUCGUCGACCAUUUUUAUAUAUGAAACCUCCCACAUAUUGACGGAGUUAAUUAUUUAUGUCGCAAACGCAACAUAUCGCAAUAUUGGGACCAAUGCUAUUGAUAAAAUGUUUGUGUAUGUACAGACUUAAAUGUGCCGACAUAAAGCCUUAACUGAGAGCUACGAUUAGUGAAAAUAGCUCGAUAUAAUUUUCGACAUAAGCAUUACAUCCAGCAUAAGAAAAGAGCGAUCGAUAUUGUCAUAGAAAAGAAAUAUCUAAAGAUGCCAGAAAAGGUCUACGAUUUCUACGUUUAUUUUCUUAAGUGUACAAUGUAAAAAUAAUUAUAAGGCGCCAAUCAUUAGUGCAAUCUCAAGAUAUGUCACUUGACGAACAGAGCAUAUCGAGAAACAGAAGAAGAAGAUUCUUCCACGCGUAGUUCCGACUUUGCCGAAUGAAAAGUCGGCUGAAAAUAGAAACGAGGAUAGACAAGUAGAAAUAAAAUGCCGAAAGGAAGUUCAGGAAAGGAUAGCAGCGAGAAUAUCCAACUGGAGCCCCUAUCUAGGGCCUCUAGGCAAAACGAAUCUGCCGACACCACAGAAGACGCAAAAGCACCGCUAAGACAGACAAGAAAAACAUGUGAUUUAGGAGAUAGCAACGCAGGAUUGCACAGACGUAAUUUUUACGAGCGCGCGAAUGAAGUCGUUAGGUGUUCUGAAAGAAAGACUUACUGUGUACUUUGUAUCUGCUGCUUAGUACUUCUCGUUACGUCACUCAUCAUCGCUUUAGCACCUUUACGAAAUGGCUGCAUCUGUCCCGAAGAAGAGUCCAAUAAAACUAUAGCUGAUGAAAUAGAUGCUGUGCCUCGAAUGGAGAAUGGAGAGGUGUUUCCAUGGGAUAACAUAAGGUUACCUUUAUUCGCACAUCCUACUAGGUACAAUAUUACAAUGCAUCCAAAUCUCACCACCUUAGAAUUUAGAGGACGAGUCACAAUCGAAUUCUAUGUCGAUGAAGAGACCAAAUUUAUUGUCUUCCAUUGUAAAAAUUUGACAAUAAAAGAACAAAUAGUCAAAGAUGGCCAGGAAGAAAUGAAAAUUGCGAAAUUACUCGAAUACCCAAAGCGUGAACAGCUGUAUCUGGAAUUGGAGGACAAGUUUCGAAAAAAAAAUAAUUAUACGUUAUUUCUGAGUUUUAAUUCAACGCUGAAUUCCACUGAAUUUAAAGGGUUCUAUGUAAGCAGCUAUCUUACUCCUGAGAAAGAACAAAGAUAUUUGGCCACAACUUAUUUCGUACCGACAUAUGCGCGCAUGGCCUUUCCAUGUUUCGACGAGCCACAAUUUAAAGCCAAAUUUAAGAUAUCGAUAUACAGGGAUAGAUUCCAUAUUUCAUUAUGCAACAUGCCAGUGAUAAAUACUGAGGAGGCCGGAUUUUACUUGGGCACAAAUCUUAAUAAUACUGUUUCUCAGUUACGCGACGACUUUCAAGAAUCCGUAGAGAUGUCAACGUACUUGGUGGCCUUUGUGGUAUGUGACUUCGAAAGAGCUUUCGAAUUAACCAAGAGAAAUACAUCUGUGAGUGUAUACGCCGCAUCGCAUAUACUUCCACAAACAAAAUAUGCCAUGAUUACUGCCGCUCGUAUUAUGGAUUACUUUGAAUCUUUCUUUGGCAUACCUUAUCCUUUGCCAAAGCAAGAUCUGAUAGCAAUUCCCGACUUUGUGCCUAUUGCUAUGGAAAAUUGGGGCCUAAUCAUGUUUCGAGAAUCAUUCUUGAUGUAUGAUCCACAUGAAACAUCUACCGAAAUACAAGAACGUAUGACCGUCCUUAUGGCUCACGAAUUAGCUCACCAAUGGUUUGGCAAUCUCGUCACGAUGAAAUGGUGGAAUGAUAUCUGGUUGAACGAAGGAGCAGCGACCUUCUUCGAAUAUAAAGGCGUGAAUCACAUCUUGCCCGAAUGGAGCAUGAUGGAUUUACUCAUUUUAUACAAAACGCAACGAGCACUCGAACUCGAUGCUCUAGCUAACAGUCAUCCAAUAAGCGUGCCCGUUGAAAAUCCUAUCGACAUAGAAAGCAUAUUCGAUGCAGUUAGCUAUUAUAAAGGCGCUUCAAUACUUUACAUGCUAGAAGGAGUUUUAUGUGAGAGUGUUUUCAAACGUGGCUUAAACGAUUAUCUAAAUUUACACGCAUACGGAAAUACAGACACCAACGAUCUGUGGGCGGUUUUCACAAAACAUACGAAGAAUGCAUCUACUACUACUGAGCUCGAUAUAAAAACAAUAAUGAACACUUGGACUCAACAAAUGGGCUUUCCUCUUGUAAAUAUCAUUCGUGAUGGCGAUACUAUCACGGCGACUCAGAAGAGAUUCCUCACUUCACCACGAGACAACAGAACAAACAUCUUGCAGCCCAAGUCACCCUUUGACUAUAAGUGGUAUGUUCCGUUGAAUUGCUAUACAAACAAAGAGCCUCCGGAUCACCUGGAAGCGUGGAUGAAUAUGACCAACGCGUCUUUCGAAAUACCGAGCGACGUCGAUUACAUCAAGUGCAACAUCAACCAAACAGGCUUUUAUCGAGUUAAUUAUCCAAAGGAGAUGUGGCUGUCGAUAAUUAAGACUUUAUUGAAGAAUCAUACCAAAUUUAGUCCGGCGGAUAGAGCGAGUCUCAUCGACGACGCGUUUGCGCUUUGCGAUGCGGGUGAGCUCGAUGCUUCAAUCCCGCUGGAACUUUCACUUUAUCUUAUCAAUGAAACAGAUUACGCACCGUGGGAGACAGCGCUUCGAUAUUUAAGUUUUUGGAAGAAAAGAUUAGGGGAGAGCGAAGCAUACAAGAGAUAUAUAUUAUUCUUUAAACAGCUGUUAGGUCCGAUUACGAGAUUUAUCGGCUGGAAAGAUGAAGGAUCUCAUUUAAAAAAAUUAUUAAGAAUCACUGUAAUGAAAUCCGCUAUCGAACUAGAGAUGGAAGAUGUUGUGAAAUCUGCAAAGAGUCUUUUUAAAGACUGGAUAUCGAAAGGCAAAUCUAUCGCACCCAAUAUACGUAAUAUCGUUUAUAUGGCAGGUGUCAAAUUUGGAAAAGAAGCUGAUUGGCGAUAUUGCUGGGAAAUUUAUCUUAAGACACAAAUUCAAAGUGAAAAGCUAAUGAUGUUGCAAGCUUUAGGUGCUACCAUGGAUCCUUGGCUACUCAAACUUUAUCUUCGCUUUUCACUGAAUCGAAAUCUGAUUAAGGCGCAAGAUGUUAAUACUAUCAUAACUUCUGUUGCUGGCAAUCCGCACGGACAUUAUCUCGCCUGGCGACAUAUUAAAGCCUAUUGGCCGCAAAUAGAAGAUUUAUACGUAAAUGAAUCGCUGUCGAUAAGCGAUCUCAUACGUAACGUUGUUCCCGACUAUUUUAUCACGGAAUAUGAUUAUCGCGAAGUCUCGGACUUCUUCAAACAACAUGACGUCCGCAGUGGUAAACGCGCCCUGCAACAGAGCUUAGAAAUGGUAAAGUUUAACAUCCACUGGGUGAAAAUAAAUGCGAAAAGUGUGAAUGAUUGGCUCAUGAAAUACUUCGCCGAACCGAAUGUGAGUUAACCUUUGCUCGUUGGAAAUGGAACAAAAAUGAAUCGCAACGAGCAUUCAGCCAUUAUGCCACUAUGGCCAAUUUUUCUACUCGUUCUUAUUUGUACGUGAGAUACCCCUAAGAUAUACGUGAUACAGCCUACGAAAAGUAAGACUCUUGAUAUUUAGGAGAUAAAAAGAAUCUCAAUCAUCAUCUUAGAUAUAAAUUUGCAGAUCAAAAGCCAACCGUUUCCGUCAGCUUCGUUAUGGGAUCGUCCUCCUCAGGCAAAGCAUAAAACUUAAAGGGCGACAAUUCUUAAAUGAAAACAAAUUGUUUUCCUUGAAAAGAUAUCCUCGUUACUGUACAAAACUCAUUAUCAUAAUUUGCCUGUUCCGAGGAAGGGUCCCUUAACGAGCAUAAAUAAAGCCGAAUUGUUUAUAUGUAAUACAUUAUACACCGAUUUAUAUAUACGCACUUUCGAAAGUAUUUAUUUAUCGUGCACGCAGCGCGUGCCGAUCGGAUCACUAACAAUAAGUAUAAAACGAGAUAAUGAAAGCGGAAACCUCGUUGUUCCUAGGGUAGUCGUUGACCUAACGUUCGGCAAAUAAGGGCUAACGACGUACGCCUAUUGACAUUAUAAACAUAAACUUUAGUCUCCCAAGUCUACUAUAUUUUAUUAUAACAAAGAGCAAACAAAUGAAGUAAUAUCAUCUUCACGUAAUGUCUAAACUCCAUUCCUAUGAACCAUCCAAUAAAUUAUUACUUUAACAGGGAGAGUUGAGCUUGCGACAAAUUUGUCGAAGAAAACGCUAAUUAUACGGCUUUAUUUACGGCCCAUAGAUAAGUAAAAUUGCAGUAAAACUGUAAGUGUAAAACUUGCGAUAUUGCAGGCGUGUUUAUAUAGAAAUAAUAGAAUUAUCAUGAGUGUACGAGCGAUCGUUUCACAUGUCUAAGUAGCAUAUCAAUGUACGGCAAAGAGGCGUGAUACGCUAAAUUGCUCGGGUCUGUGCCUGUGUCUCACAAGCACCGUCCAAAGAAAAUCGAGACAAGACGACGUUAAAGGAAAAUCCAGCCGCGAGUCAUAUGGAUGUAUAUACGAAUUAAAUGUGAAAAAGAGAUUGAUGUACUCCGUGAGUGUCGCGUAUUCGUGUUUAUUAGAGAGUUGCUGAAGGCGCAGGAUACGUCUCGUGUGGAGUUGAGUGUUCUCCACGCGAAGUAGCAUAAAAAUAGAAAAUUGGAUAUUUUAUUAUGAAAAAGUGAAUAAAUUUGUAUAAUCUAAACAACGCUUUAUAUAUGUAUGGUGUGCAUUAGUAUAAGAGAGACGUAUGUGCUAUGUUUGAUGGACUACUUUGUAAAGAAUCUAGCUGCUGACGCAAAACUUAUCCGAGAAUUCUUAAACAUCACCGUUUUUAGCAUUUCAUAUUAAAAAAUACUUAUUGGUUAACGAUAAUAUAUCUUAAUUUAAAUUAAAUCGUGUAUAAAUUGUGCAAUACAAUUGGUGCCCGAAGCAAUUAAGUUUCUAUUAUAUUUCGAUCCGCUUAUCGUUUUUUAAUCGUACAAUUAACUGCUUGGACAAUAAACGCCGGAAAAUAGUGAGAUAUAUUAACGAAUAUUUAGCUAUAGUUAUAAUUGCUUUAAUGAUAAAUUGAUUUAACGUUUUAUGAUUAAGGCUUAGAAAUCUAGGUGUCUAUUGUAUUGUAUAAAAAUGGACGCAUAUACGAAUACACAAAGACGCGAGGAGACUGCAAAGUAUUUAACAAUUAUACAGAGAGAGCAAAGCCGAAAUGAAUUCCUGCUCCGAACGUCAAAUUGCCCGUAAAUAUUCUCAUAUAUAAUGUUCAUUUUUAUUUUUCUAAUAUUUCUUAUUGCUGUUAGAAAAAUUAUUCUUAUAGUAUUGUAAACAUUUAGGUAAUGAUGCACUUUGUUAAUUAAAUAAAACACAUUUUAUUAUUCAUCGUCACGUUUGAACACAACGUAGAACACGAUGUAUUUCAAUAUUUUCUUACAAUGAGUCUUUACUGCCAUUCGUGCUUGCCAUUAUUAUAUCCACUAAAAAUGGCAUUUUCUCAAUAUUCAAUACUUAUAAUUAAUAUUUUUCUUAUUAGAUCAAUCUACUAAACGGCGCGUGUAAUUCUACGUGUAAUUCAUUUACAAGAUUUACAAUUCCAUGAGCUAUGAGGGCACGUAUCUAUACCAAUACAUAGGUAUACAACUUCCUAGGAUGGAACAAAAAUUUGUAAAUAACGACAUCAUUAAUCAUUUUAUUCCAUUAAGUAGAUUUUGAUACACUCCAAACGGCGAAUUAAUGAAUCGACGCACAAUUAGAUAUCUUACGUGUAAAUAGCGUAUUUUUUCACUAAGGAAUAUUCUCUCUUGUUAAAAAGUUAACAAAUGAUAGUCGCUUCGAGAUUUUUAGGGAAGCGUCUGUUCGCCGAUUUAUACGACUUGCAAAUCGAUUGGCCUAUUUUACAUUCUCAUAGCAUUCGAAAGUACUCAUGUAAUGUAUACGUGAUUUGUUCAUAACUUACGUAUUUACUAAUCAAAAUUACAACCGUUAUUAGAUCUAAAUUAUUUGGAUUUAAUAACGAUAUUUGAAUAUUAUAUAUAAAUAUAUAUUUCGCAGUUUCUUAAUUUGCAUUGUCUUCAAUCAUUCGAUUACUUAAAACAAAAUCAAUUAAAUCG